GAAUCGAUGAAGCUCCUGAAAUGUAUGUUAAAAUCAUGUGAGCACAGCAAGAAAACAACAGCAAAUUCCCAAUAACAAUUUUUCCAAUAACAAAUUUCCAAAUUGCACAACCGUUUAACUUAAAAACCCGGAAGCAUGUCGAACCUGUCGAACGUGGCACCUCAAAAAGCCAAAGGCAGCACAACCGAAACGAUGACCGUGGAGGAGCCGUCGGCUACGAUGGCAGCCAUAUCUCUGCCAGCUGGCGAUGAGGCGAACAAGGACGAGAAUGCGCCCAGCACUAGUCAGGGGCAGCAGCGCGGUGCCUGCAGCAGCGCCACCCACACCACCAGCACCACCACCACCAUCAGCACAAACAACAACAACAGCAGCGACAGCAACGACAACAACAGAAUGGGCUCGGCAACGCCAAUGACACAGCUGAACGGGCCGGUAAUGCGGAUAAAGCGGGAACUGAACGAAAUCAUUGAGAAUCCGCCGCCGAACUGCAGCGCCGAGAUGUACAAGGAGGAUCUGUUCCAUUGGAAAGCGAUAAUAAUGGGGCCCAGCGGCACCCCCUAUGAGGGCGGCAUUUUUAAGCUAGACAUACGCUUUCCGGGUGCGUAUCCAUUCCGACCGCCACAAAUCCGUUUCAUAACGCGCAUCUAUCACUGCAACGUUGACAGUCGUGGCGUCAUUUGCCUCGAUGUGCUGAACGAACGCUGGUCGCCAGUCAUGAACAUUGCCAAGGUGCUGCUAUCCAUUUGGGUGCUAAUCGGCGAAUGCAAUCCCAACGAUCCACUCGUCAUGGGCAUUGCCGAUCAAUACAAAUGCAAUCGUAAGGAGCAUGACAAAGUUGCGCGCUACUGGACGAAACGCUUUGCAAUGCCAAAGGCCAAGCCGAACUCCAAGCUCGAGCAGGAGCUACUGCUGCCCUACAUACAGGAGCAAGAGCCGACGCCAGAGCAGGACCAAGUGCAGCAGCAGCAGCAGCAGCAGCAGAGCCAGGCGCCAGAGCAGGAACAGGAGCCAGCGCUCAGUACUGAGACGAGCAGCUCAAUUGCCGUUAGCGUAAACCACAGUCGUAGCCAACUUUAGAUAGAUUCCCAUAAUAAACAGUCUCCACACAGACAGACACACACGCACCAAA